AUGUCUUCAGAAGAACCUAUACAAGAAAAGCAGACCCGGCAGUUGAGCUCAAUUCAAAGAUCCCGGAAAUGGCUGGGUCGGCAUUGGAUUCUGCGAUCGGCGUUAAGCGCUCUUGUGGCGUUAUCCACAAGCUUAUACUUGCGGCCCGACAUCAUUGAUAUCGAUUUUGAUAUUGACAUGGCAUUGGAUUACUUCCGACCUCUUGAUCGAGAUUCGUAUUGGGAGGGUGCUCGGGAAGAGGUGAAAGAUGCAUUCGUGGAGAGUUGGGACGCGUAUUCUGAAUAUGCCUGGGGACAAGAUCGCUUCCACCCUAUAUCCAAAACAGGCUCACAAAUGAGUCCUAGUGGACUAGGCUGGAUCAUCGUUGACAGCUUAGACACAUUAAUGAUCAUGAACCUAACAGACCAACUAUCCGAUGCACGGAUAUGGCUGAACAGAGGUUUAACAUAUGAUCAAGACCAAGAAGUGAAUACAUUCGAGACGACAAUUCGAAUGCUAGGCGGACUAUUAUCUGCGCAUUAUCUGUCGAUUCAGUUUCCGCAUGUAUCGUCUCGUCGAGAUUUUGUCUAUUUGCAACAAGCCAUCGAUUUAGCCGACAGACUGCUCAACGCAUACGAGACCCCAUCGGGCAUUCCUUAUUCCAGUGUCAAUAUUGGAAAACGCAAGGGUGUGGUGAAUAUCGCGGAUAAUGGAGCUUCAUCAACUGCUGAAGUGACAACCCUGCAGAUGGAGAUGAAGUAUUUGGCUGAGUUAACUGGGAAUGAGGUCUACUGGCGCAAAGCAGAGCAUAUAAUGAAGAUUGUAGAUGAUCAACGUGUGCGAGAUGGCCUAGUGCCCAUCCAUAUUGAUCCCGAAUCAGGGAAAUUUCAAAAUCAGAAUAUUCGUCUUGGUAGUCGCGGAGAUUCAUAUUAUGAAUAUCUGAUUAAACAAUACCUACACACAUACGGUCACGAACCCAUCUACCGUGAAAUGUGGGAGGAAGCUUUAAAGGGGAUUCAGAAACACCUCAUCACCACAACCAAACAUUCGAAUCUCCAGUUUGUCGCCGAGCUACCUUUCGGCAUUGGUUCGACUCUAACACCAAAGAUGGAUCACCUGGUUUGUUUCCUACCAGGGUCCAUAGCGAUUGGUGUCACCGAAGGAAGAACAGAAGCAGAGGCACGCAAGCUGCCUACAUGGAAUGCACAGAAAGAAAAACAAAUGGAACUUGCUAGAGAGCUCAUGAAAACCUGUUAUGCGAUGUACGCUGUGACUGCUUCAGGUCUCUCAGCUGAGAUCUCAUGGUUCAGGACAGAUCAAGUUGAUCUGAUGUCGUUUGCUGGUUUGAGGUCACGGCCUCGGAGCAGUAAUGACGUGAGGAAAUGGAAGAAGGAUUUCUUUAUUAGUCCUCCCGACGCGCAUAACUUGCAGCGCCCGGAAACGGUUGAAAGUCUGCUCUUGAUGUUUCGAGUCACGGAGGACCCUAUAUACAGACAAUGGGGGCUAAAGGUAUUCAAGGCUUUUCAAAGACAUGCACAAGUUGUUGGGGGUAAAGGGUAUACAUCAUUGAGUGAUGUUACGAAGGAUCCGCCUAUACAGAGUGAUAAUAUGGAAAGCUUUUGGCUGUCCGAGACGUUGAAAUACUUGUAUCUGCUAUUCUCGCCGAAAGAGUAUCUUCCACUUACGGAGAUUGUCUUCAAUACGGAAGCUCAUCCGUUUCCACGGUUGAAGAAUCCUACAUUUCAGACUGGCUGGAGUAGAAAAGAGCGGAAAUAG